AUGUAUCAGCAGAAACCUCUUUCAAAAGUCUACAAAAUGGUUGUCUUUGGAAGUAUUUUACCAUCAAUUGUCACUAUUUCGGGUAAUAUCACAUCUGUUAUACGUAUCAUUCAAUUACGUCGAUUAACUACAGUUCAUUUAUCAACGCGUACUAACGAUGAUUCACGACGUGUUCUUGUGAUUAUCACAAUUGAAUGUGCAUUAGCUAUUCUUAGUUCUUGGUUUAUUGAUAUUCUAUUAAGUCUCAUCUAUUGUAAAGGUAGUCUACUUAAUAGUGAUGAUUGUCCCAUGUAUUUACGAAAAAAUUAUGAUAUAUUAAUAACUCUAGAUUUUUUAAAUUCAAUAUCAAACAUUUUUUUACAUUGUAUAUGUGGUAAACGAUUCCGUCGUGAACUUAGACGAAUGAUCGGCGCAUGGUGUCAACAUUUAACAAAAUAUCUUUUUUGUUGCUAUUGCAAAGUACGUUCAUACAAAUCUUGGGAAAGGUCACAACAGCCACCAUUACCACCUAUAGGAAGUAGUAAUGAACUUUCAAAUAAACAAAUUUAUAUAACAAUAAAAUCGUCACCCGAACCAUCAAAGAAAUUAUCAAAAUAUAGUUAUCAUCUAUCAACGACAAGGCAAUGUUUACUUAAUAAGACAGAUUGUUCACCGGCCUCUAUGACUUCACAACCAGAGCAUAAUCGACUAAAAACUGCUCG